UCGACUCAGUCUGUUUGGGGACUUCACUGCGUGCAAACGUGCGAGCAAUCUAAACGCGUCUAACAAGUAAAAAACCACGCCGAACACUUCGAACAAAAACAUACAGUGCGGCGAAACGGUUUUGUUAAACUCACAAAUAUCACGUAUACGACGAGUGUUGCAGCACAUCGGUAGCAGUAGAGCGGUGACGGCGGCUUGAGCUUUGGUUAUAACACAGCUGGCUGUUUGGGGCAUUGGAUCCGGAAGCGGAAGUGCUCAUAGUUGGCUGGCGGUGCAUAGUGCGGGCAGCAGCAACACGGCAACAACGGCGGCCAGAAUUUUUUCACGUUUGGAUAGUGUCGAGGAGGUGCAACGCGGUCGCAGUGGCAGCGCUGUUGGAAUAACGCCCGGCGGUGGUGCAGUGGCAGCGGCAGCGGCAGCGGUGGCAGCGGGUUCACCAGCCAGAACCGGCGGUGGGGGAGUGGGCGCGGGCUUGGGCAAUGCGGCAGGAGCGCGUAAUCGCAGCGCCAGCACAAUACUCGAGCUCAGUCAGAGCCAACUAGGAGCGCACACGCGCAAGUAUUCGAGCGGCGGCGGCGCAGCACUUCUCGCUGGCGAUGUGAAUGGAUACGGAGACAACGCGUCAACUGCGAAAUGCGACACAUUUAAUGGCGUUGGAGCGAGUGCAGGUGCUGGUGCAGGUGUAGCUGCUGGUGCAGGUGUUGCUGGCGGCUCAGGUGUCGGUGUCGGUGUCAGUGGAGCGGCCGGUGCGGCCAGUAGAGCGGCACCGCAGGAUAGAAGCUCACUCGGAUCAGUCAAUGUGCCAGUCACAACAGUCAGCAGCUUGGGAAUAACUCUGCGCGAACGUUUGUCCAUCAGUGGCGCAUCAUCGGGUAACGAGUCGGGCGUUGCGGCUAGUGCGGGCGGCGGAGCUGGUGGCUCAGCGCCAACAAUAGGCGGCAGCAGCAAUACAAGUGUGCCACAUUGCAAGCGACAGGGCAGCUUCUCGAAUGUAUUCUCAAAGCUAAUCGAUGGUAUGCCCGCUGGCACAAUGUUCGCCAAGUUCAAAAGCGCCAACGUGGCGGCCUCCACAUCCGUGCAGAAUGUCGCCGAUGGCAAUCCCAUUACGCAGUACUUCGAGAUUGGCAAGCCGGUGGCCUGUGCCGGCCCAGAGCUCGUCUGGCGCAUACACGAUGGAUAUCGCAAGAGUGACAACAAGGAAUGUUCGAUUUUUAUAUUUGAGAAAAAAGUGGCAGAGAAACUGCACAAGCCGCGUCGCAAGGAGACCAUUACAGAGCUGCUAAAAAGCUCGGUAAAGACAUUGGAACGCUUUCGUCAUCCCCGGAUACUUCAAAUCUAUCACACUGUAGAGGAAAGUGCGGACACGCUGGCCUUUGCUGCUGAGCCCAUUUUCGCCAGCCUUUCAAAUGUGCUGGCCUUUCAUGAGUCGAAAACGUACGAGAAUGCCAGCGUGGCACCCGCAGCAGGUGGCGGGCCGGCGCAGGCACAGCCAGCUGCUGGGGCCCAGCCGCAACGGCCGGCGCAUGCAAAGGAAUACAAUUUCUUGGAUAUGGAGCUGAAAUAUGGAUUCUUGCAGCUAACAGAGGCUUUGUCCUAUUUGCACUAUUCCGGUCACGUAAUUCAUCGAAAUGUGUGUCCAUCCUCUAUACUAAUAACCAAGCGGGGCAUCUGGAAGCUGGCGGGCAUGGAGUAUGUGGAAAGAAUGAAUGAGACUGAUUUGAAUAGCUCAAUUCCUUGCCCGCCGUGGAGCAACAGGGUAUCAAAGAUGGCCCAGCCCAAUCUCGACUUUAUGGCACCCGAAACGCAGACCAGCUCGAAGUGCAGCCUGCUGAGCGACAUGUUCUCGCUGGGCAUGGUCAUCUGUGCGGUGUACAACAAUGGACGGCCACUCAUACAGGCGGGCAACUCUACAUCCAACUAUGCCAAGCAACUGGAAACGCUGGAUGACAAUGUGCACAAGCUAAUGCCGCGUCUGCCCAUCGCUCUACAGGAGGCGACAUCUCGCAUGGCCAGCCGGGAUCCGACAGCGCGACCCACCGCUCAGCUGCUGCAGCUGAUCAAAUACUUUAUCGAUCCGGCAAUAAAUGCGCUGAAAUUCCUGGACGUGGUCAACAUGAAGGACACGCAGCAGAAGUCACAGUUCUACAAGACCACCUUGAUAGAGGCCAUGCCGCUGAUACCGCGCAAACUUUGGUGGCAGAACCUCUGGCCCAUGCUCAAGUCGGAGAUAAACAAUGGCGAGGUGCUCGCUGCUGUUCUGCAGCCCGUCAUGCUCUUCGUCCAGGAGGCGACGCACGCCGAGUACGAUGCCCUAAUGUCGUCCACAAUGAAGAUUGUCUACAAUACGCCAAAAUCCAUUCAGGCCAGCGUCACGAUACUCGAGAACUUGCACUUGAUAAUUGAGAAGACGAAACCGGAGGAUGUCACCACAGAUAUAAUGCCGAUGCUAUUCUUUUCAUUUGACGGAUCCACAAUACAAGUGCAGAGUGCAGCCGUGGUGGCUGUGGGCAACGUAUUCGAUAGCAUCGCCGAGCUCUCCAUACGCCGCAUGGUCUUGCCCAAGGUGAAGAUGGUGUUCGAGAAGAACAUAACGGACCCCAAGAUUGUGCAGAAUGUGCUGAUAUGCAUUGAGCGUGUCAUGGAUCGCAUGGAGCGGGCUCAGGUCAUGGAGGAGGUGCUGCCCCUGCUGGCCAACGUGCGCAUACCCGAUCCAGAUAUUAUCAUGCGGACUGUGCGCAUCUACCACAAGAUGUUUGCCGACAAAUCCUAUGGCUUAACCGUGGAGACGAUGGCCACCAAUGUGCUGCCGCUGCUGAUACCGCACACUGUCAAUCCGUCGCUCAAUUUCGAGCAAUAUUGCUAUUUGCUUGAGGUGCUGCAGCAGAUGCUGGAGGCCAUCGAUCGGCAGCAGCGCAACAAAUUGAAGCUGGACAAUCUGUCGAUGGCGUCGCCGGAGCGGCAUCGCACGUUGCGGCAUCAGUUCUCCACGGAUAACAUGAAUGCGCCGCCAUUCAAUAUACCCAAUUUGCGUAUUGAUCAGCGCAAGACCUCCAGUGCCGAGGAUAUGGCGCGCAAGAAUUCCGGUGGCUCUGGCAUGCUGGGCGGCUGGUGGUUUGGCUGCUCGCCUUCGUCGCCGGAUAGCAAUUUCCUGCGCGUCGGCAACGUGUUUCCCAAUCGACGGCUCUCGGACAAUACGCUGAUGACACCAAAGAUACGAAUCGCUCCGUCGUGCGCCUCUUCGCCGGGCGGCACGCCGGGCAGCGGCUUGCCCACCCGUCGCCAUUCGAGCAUCGGACCCCAGGAGCGACGCGGCUCCACCAUCAAUUUGUCACCGCCAACUUAUGGCGCUCGAGGUAGCUCCGGAUCGAGCCUAUCGGUGCCCUCAACUUCAGCCUAUGUUCUUGCACGGAGCAUGAUCAAAUCUCCUUUAUUGUACUCUCAAAAACAGGGUGGCUCCAUGCCCAACACCUCGAGCAGCGUCCCGUUCUUAUUGUCGUCCAGCAUGCAGUCGAUACGCUCGCGUCGCACCUCGACGGUCUUGUCAUCGGGUCCGCUCGGGUCUGGAUCUGGCUUGCUGCAGCAGUUGGGAUCUGGAAUGGUAAGACAAUUAACUUCCGUAUCCGGUACGGUUAGUCCUGUGCCGCUGUUGCGGGUCAAUGGUACGCGCAGCAACAACAGCAGCGUCCGAAAGUGUCCGUCACUCAAUAUAACAUUCAGUCAAUAAUAUAAUCUGAACGAAAUCGGCGAGGCGCAGCCCUCGGCUGAUUUUCACAAUUACAAUAACAAUUACAAUUACAACAACUACAACAACAGAAAUGUGCGCUACAGAGCACAGCAACGAAACCUCAAUUUGAACUUGAAUGCGCCAAAAUAUUGAAAGAUUCGACAAAACAGAAACUGAAAAGCGAAAAUUGAAAUGAAAAUGCAAAUGAAAAUGAGAGAAAUUCUUGAAAAGUUGUAUGCAAAAAGGGGCAGAGGGUAAAAUGAAGCAAAAUCCAAAUAUAUUUC